CAACCGAUGCGGACGCGACAAGCGGUACAUUUCGCUCUGUCGUGUAGCAGCUGCGCGGCCACAGCUUUAGUAAGCGUCGAGUUCGCCACGUGUACGGACACGAAGAAACAUGUAGCGCGCGGCGUGUCGGAAUUGUGUGCGUUUCUUUUGAGAGGAAUGUCGCGUGUGCGCGACGAAAUUAAAAGUGCGACAAAGUAAAAUACAGCCAAAAUAACUAAAUAAUAUAAAUUAUUUUAUUAUUUUCAUAUUUUUUUUGUAUGUUUGUGUCUGUGCUGUGUCAUGUAUUGAGAGAUAUGUAUAUGCAAGUGUGUGUCACUGUCGGCGACUCAAUGCCGUUAGCCGGCAACUGAGUGCGCGCCAAAAAAAGUGCAGAUCGAAUUUAAAAGAGCGCACAUGUUCGCCACGUCAAUAAAAACAGCAACAACAACAACAACUAUUAAUAACUACAAAAGACAACAACAAGAAGCAGAAGAAGAGCCCCUGCAAGGCAAUUACAGUUAGAAAUUGGCCAAAGCAAACGGCAAAGACAAAAACCAUUUGAAUACAGUGAAGCACCGUUAAAAAAUAGAAAGUGCAUGCGUGCAUGUGUUUAUAUACAUAUACGGCUGGAGCUGGAAGGCGAGCGCGCUUAGCAAGGCCCAGGCCCGGAGAGCUGCAGGUGGUGUCUGACCUACAGUAGCAUUGUGGGUUUUGCGGCUCUGUGAAGCAGUGGACCAGUAGCUGCUGAUAGCACAAAGACAACAACUGGACUGUCGCCAGCAGACGCAGCACAAAAUGAGGAGCAUCGGCAGAUGGUUAUGUGGAAUUAUGCCCCAGCCUAGUUGCUGGCUGCUAAUGCUGCUAAUUGUUGGUCAGACUGUUUAUGCCGAGCCAAGCGAGUCAACACAUUUGGACCCACUGACAAUAAAGGCACGCGAUCGAGACCACCAAACUGAGGUGAAAACCACCGCCAACGGCGCAGCAUUUGCCACGCCCAUAAGCCAAUUGGACGAUGAGGAGCAGGCGUUGACCAUUUACCGGACGCCGCGGGCGGGCCGUUACGAGCGUCAGGUCGAAGAGGAUCAGGUGGACCGUUGCAGGCUAUUCGUUGAGGGAGAUCCCACCAAGAAUGAGCUCUACAGUCCCGAAUAUCCCAACCUGUAUCCAAAGAACAUUAACUGCACGAGAGUGAUAACAGCGCCGAAGGGACAAAUCAUACGGCUGGACUUUCGCAACUCGUUUAAUAUUGAGGCCAAGGAGGAGUGCAAAUUUGAUUUUCUCGAAAUACGCGAUGGCCAAUACGGUUUCUCGACGCUAAUUGGCAAAUUCUGUGGCACAGAUUUCCCACCGGAAAUAACCUCAAAGGAACGGUAUCUGUGGCUGCAUUUCCAUUCAGACGACACAAUCGAAUACACAGGUUUCAGUGCCGUCUACGAGUAUCUGGAUCGAAAUCGAGAGGCGCCCAGCACGGACCUCAAUUGCACCAUUGAGAAGGAUGGCUACGAGGGCUUCAUUAACUCAACAGAUGUCCCAGCUGACAUCAGGGAGCAGGUGAUACGCGAUAAGAUUGCUCUCGAUUGCAUUUGGCGCAUACAGGUGAAAGACAACUGGAAGAUAUUUUUAAAAUUUUUGGACUUUCAUCUGAGCAAGCCGAAUGACUGCGAGACCAACUUUCUGGAUAUAUUCCCAGAGCAAACAGUAAUGCCAUUAAGAGUGAAAAACUUUUGCGGUUCGGCGGGCGAGAGCAUUACGGCGGAGUCGAACAUUCUGCACAUGCGAUUUUACGCGGAACAAAGUGCGAUUAAUUCAACAUUCGCAAUUCUGUACACAGCAUUCCGGGACCGUGGAUCGGGAACCUGCACCGAGGACGAGUACGAUUGCGAGGACGCGACCUGCAUAUCAAGCGAUUUAAAGUGUAAUGAACGGGACAAUUGUAAAUUUCGCUGGGACGAGGAGAAGUGUUGGAAUGAAACGACUGGCCAAUCCGAGCAUGUGGUCAUCAUCAUUAUCGUAUUUGGGCUAAUACUUGGCGGCAUGGUCAUCACCUUUAUCGUUAAUUGCAUACGCAAGAUAAUACGGGAUCAGAAGAUAAUACGCGAGCACAUACGCGAGUCCAAGGAGAGCAAACUGGACGAGGUGGGUCGCAAUUCCAAGGCGCGCUCGCGCGAGAACAUAUCAAGACAAAAGCAUUCGCAGACGUCAUUACAAAUUCUCGAUGAUGUUUCGAAUCGUUACUAUCGCGAAGCGGUGCCCAUAUCUACACAGUCGAGCAAGGCUGACUUUAAGGAGAAGGAGCAUAGCAUAUUGCGUCGCCAUCCAGAUAUGACCCAAACGAGCCUCUGCGGUGGCAUCGAUGGCGACGAUGGCGAGUCCUCAUCGACGACAACGGGAACGCAUGACAUGUUGAUGACAAAGGCAGCGAUUGCGACCGCACCGGUAAAUGCCUGUGAUAUGGGCUGUCAAACGAGGGAAUCGCUGUUUGCGAACAGCCCCAGCGCCGUUGCGACGCUAAUGAGACAAAAGUCCAGCUCAUCAUCGCUGGGCGGUGGCAGCGCAGCGGGCGCUGCUAUGCCGCCGCCACCGCCGCGGUUCUUUUCCACAUUCGGCUAUGACCAGGGCACGGCCCCGGUAGCCGUAUCGCCGUCGCUGCCAGCGAAUACACCACCGCCACCGGCACAGAUGCUGGGCACACUGGCGCGUCGCAGCCAAAUGCACAUGCAGCAUGCACCGUCGCAGCAGGAGUCGCUCGAGCUGGAGGAGCGGCACAGCGGCGUGGGCAGCAUGGGCCAGCGGUCGCAUUAUGGCGUGAUAGUGGCCUCCGUAGUCAAGCCGCACGAGAUCUGCCACCAUCAUCAUCAGCACCAGCAGCACCACCAGCAGCAGCAGCAGUUGCAGCAGCAGCUGCAGCAGCAGCAGUUGCAACAGCAACGCUCACAUCAUGCACAUCCUGCGCACCAACAUCAGCAGCAGCAGCACCAACAGCAGCAUAUAAUUCAACAGCACCAACCACCGAACGUUGCAACGCGGCAAAUGCAGCUGCAGAAGGGCCACGGCCAGUUGCACGGCCAAACGGUGCUGCCCAGCAGUAAAGCGGGCGGAGGAGGCGCUGCCGGCAAACAGCAGAAGAACGAAGAGUCCAAAGUGUUCAUCGACAUACGGAAUUCAGCGCCAGACGUGAUUAUCAUGACGUCCCAUUGACAUUUAAGGAUUGCCCGCCAAUCAGCAACAGCAGAAGCAGAAGCAGCAGCAGCAGCAGCAACAACAAUUGUGACCAGCAGCAACAAGAACAGCAACAACAACAACAGCGAGGAUAAAAACAACGGAACAAUGGCUGGCAUAUUAACCACAGCCACAGCGGCGCCGUUGACACGACACGGACAUGCACACGGAUACGGACACGGACACGGACACGAACAUGGACGCGGACAUGGACACGGCGUGGCGCAAUCAGGCAAACGAAUAGCAAACGCCACGUUUCCGGCCGGAAGCGAGUGUCGCAUUCAGAUGCAUUUUUGGCUUUAAAGCCAGGUAAUUUUAAUUCUUUCGGCUUGUAUUUCACCCACUUUCGGCUCUCAACAUUGUCUCAAAUUACGCCGGCAGCUGGGCGUUCGGCCUCUUUGCUGUUUGCCAGCCAAAUCGCCAGCAAGUUUCUCGCCGAAAACAAUGAGAGGACAGACACACGCACACACACACAGACAGACAGCACUUAGAAGACAUGUAUAUGUAUAUAAAUAGUCGCUGCUGUCCAGAGCCAUGUUUAACUCGCAUGCGUGCAGACACUAAGCAGACACUUGACAACGUGGCGUAUGAACAACAUGUGCCAGGACAACGACAACGACAACGACAACGAAGACGACGACAACAACGAGAACAGCAACAGCCACAGCGACAACUCGAAUGAACACACAAACGUUGACCACCAAGUGGACAUUGCCAGCUGCAUUCAGCUGCCUCGACAUAGCCAACCUCCUCCUUCUGUCUCCUGUCUCCUAGCCCUGCUCCAGACCGGCUCCUGUUGCUUAACUUGCGGCUUUCAGAAACUUCUUCUUCAUUUACAUGCAUGACGAACGUGACACGGCGAUGGCGACGUUGCCGUCGCAACGCAAUUCCCGGGUAACAGGACCAGGUCCAGGGAGUGGGUCAGCAGACACAGUCCAUCCAUCACGUGCACGUGCAGCACGCCAGCCCUCUACCUAUCUCCAGGCCUUCCCCUUGCCCACUGACUGUCGCAAUUUGAGUGAAAACAGUUUUUAAGUGAUUUUCUGUGCAUUUCCCCUCUUAGCUCAUCCUUGUCAGAGUUGUUGCCAGAGAGAUGUUUUAAUCAUUUAAUUAAAUUGUUUUUAAUAUAGCCAACCACCACUAGCACCCCCCAACCCCGCACCCACCAGGACGAGAGGACAACUGCUAAUUGGACAGACUCACAUAUUUCAACGUCAAUUUGAUUAUCUGACUGCGUUCUGAAUUCAUGAAUUUGAUGCACAAUCAUCUUUGACAUCGCCCCAACCAAGCUCAUUCAAGCGUUCAAGUGUAGCUUAUUUCAGCUUUUUUACGCUUUUCACUCCCCAUCUGGCUGGGGAAAACUGUCAACUCACAAUUAGCACGGUCACCAUAUUGCGUUGGCGGUCAACGUUUUUCACAGUGCGCCAAUUGAAGCAAACAAAUUCCCGUCUGACGUGUUCCAGCAUUCACUUUCGUCGAGCAUUUCUCGUAUCUUUUUUUAUCUUUUGAACAUUUAAUAAUAUUUCAGAAUUCUAUUUAAACUCUCAUCUAGAGAAAUGUGCAUCAAUAUCUAAACGAGUUACUUCUUCGAACUGAAAGAAUACAUGACGGAUAAAACAAACAGAAAUUGUUUUGUACAAUUUCAUAAAACAGUACUAUAUGUAAGAAUGUUAAGAUUAAGAAAGAAUUUUUUUGGAAAAGAAAAUGAAAAAAUGCUGAAUUUAUCAGCAUUUUAAAAAUAUUUGUAUCAAUGUUUCUUCUACAUAAAUAAUUCAUAAUUCAAGCUCUCCCAAAUAGGAAUUUUCUGUUUUGGAAAAGUGAAAGAUUUGGAUGGUGGAACAGACUGACGCAGGCAGAGGGGCUGAGGUGUAGAGGGCGUGGCCGUUGGCCCGGUACAAAGCCAAAAAUGCCAAGCAAUUUGAUUGAUUGAAUUGAAAGAGGAACAGCGACACGGCCAAUGAUGAGCACGAGAGUUUAGGAGGUAUAGGAGACAAGGGAUAACAGAUUAGGAACCGAUUGCCUUGUGGGCUGGGCGUAGGGCAGAGGGCAGAGGGGUUCAAUGGCAAAAACCACUCAUUACUCUUAACUUGAUGCGCUUGUCAUGUAGCCUUGCACUUUGAAGCACAAAUCAUUAGCAGGAUUAGAGGCUGAUUACAAACGGUCUGGACUCACUCGAGGGCAAAGUCACAGCCAGGAGACAAUUUGUAUAUGCUUAAAAGGCGACCUAGCUCAACCGCGGAGACAGUUGGACACAUUAUAAAUGCCAGCAUCAAAUUGAAUUUUCAUUCUCUGACCGCAAAACUCAUUAAAAAUAUGGAAAAAUGGUUGAAAGUUUUCCUCAUUUCACUUUUCACUUGCUUAAAUAACACGUAACCUGUUUCAACCUGUAUGGGUUUUACUUUUUGGCAGAAAUUGAGAGCGAGGGAGCGAAAAAAACAUGCUGGUUCAUUAUAACAAUUAUUUUUUAUACGCUAUUUUCAGUUGAUUUUUUGUUGGCUGACCGAAUUCAUGUGAAAUCAAAGAGAGAGCAAAUGUUAAAAACAUUUGCUGCACCAACCAUAUAGGGGCAAUAAUAACAUCAAAUUGAUUACGCUUUUUACACCUUGUUGCUCGUCCAGGUUUUUCUAUAUACUUAUAAAGGCAUGCGGCAUGCCUAUCGAUAUGUGGUAUUCCUCAUCAAUAUGAGCAUAUGUUUUUGUGCAGUAGCUGUUUUUUUUUUUAUUCUGAGAGUGUUGAACAACUGUGCAGCGAGGUGUAAUACAUUUGAUUUUAUUUAUAAUUUUUUUACGCCUGUUGUGGAAAGUUCUACAGACAUGCCGCGGGCUUUGGAUAAUACUAAAUAUGCUUUGGUAAAUGUUAUGCAGCAUCAGAAGUGAGUUUUUUUUGUACAUUUUGUUGUCAUCAAGUCUUGGCCCAAACACUCUUAGCUAAUGUAAUUUCAAUAAAGUUUAACUUAAGCUGAAAUUAAAGCCUAGCUUUGGCUAUUGAGUUGACAUAUACAUAUAUAUAUAUAUAAAUAUAUAUAUGUACUUUUCUUUAGUUUUUUAAAUCAUUCGAUUCUAGUGAAAUUGUGUAAAUAUAAGCAAAACUAACCAAGCAAGCGAGCUGCUGUUCACUUGUCAGAGAUUUAGCGAUUUUACUACAAUAAUUAAAAUUACAAGUAUUUUACUCGUAAUUGUCUACUAGAUAAAUAAGCCUUUGGAUAAUACUAUAGUUUUUUUGUAAAGCAAAUUUUUUUUGUAAACGAGCAACGCAUACUUCAAGUAUAAAAAAAAAAACCAAAAACCGAAACAGAAGAAAGAAAAAAAAACUACUACACUUUUUAUUAGAUGUUAUAUGCCUAUCUGGAUAAAUAUAUAUAGAUAACUAAUUUUUUUUUUUUGAAUAGCAUAAACACGCAUACAACUAACGACUGCAAGCAUUGUAUGUAAACUAUAAAUGGCCCGGUAAAAUUUCAAAACGGAGCAUUAAAAUGAAUUAAUGAAUGGAUUAAAAAAGAAAUAAAAAAAAAACAAUAAAAAAUAAUUUAGUUUAAGUGAAAAUUAUAAUUG